AUGCGCGUGUACUUCGUUAUGCUGGCUGUUUUGGCAAGCGCCUUGGUUAUUGGAUAUGAGGCUAAGGAGGUCACAAGCAUCCAGAUGAAGAAAAACGAGAAGCACUACCUACGAAGUUACGGCAUGGACGAUGUGGAUAUGGAAGACAACACUAGCGACGAAGAACGUGCGGGACCUCUUGAUCCGAAAGUAAUCCCAAACCUUUUAGCAGCAAGCUCGGACGAUAUCGUGACUACUCUGAAGAACUUCGACAACCUCGACGACUUGUUUGCUCAGUUGGCGAAAAACGAAGACAACGCGAAGGCCAUCGUUGCCAAGCUAUCGGAGAACAACAAGAUAAUCCAGAACAUGGAUUUGAUCAACCCUGGACGAACUGUCAUUAGCAAUGAAAACUUCCGGUAUGACACCAGCGACGCGUCUAUUCACGGAGUGGCAUAA